AUGGUGGACGAUCCUAGUGAUCUCGGCCAUAUGAUUGUCUCGACAUGCAUCGACGUCAGCACCAACAAAUCGGUCGAUGGAAGUGGAACUUGUUGGGCAGUCGAGGUGGAUGCAGGCAAGCUGUGGAUGACGGUGGACUGCAACGAUCGACAUUGCGUCCAAUCAUCGCCGCUCAGAGACACCGCCGAUGGCACUCCAUUCGACAGAGAUGAAGGCGAAGAGGACAGGCUUCAGAAUGCUUUUAGGUCGAUGUACAGCUUUGCUGAUGCAGCCUGGCAUUCGCCUGCUUUUCGCUUCCCUUUUUCCAUCUGCUUUCUUCGCACAUCAUCGACAUCGCUCCCGCUCCGACAACUCCUCGUCGCUGCUGCUGCCCUGUCUGCUGUUGAUGCACUCUACAGUUCGAGCACCCGCGACACGGUUCGCUGGGUUUCCUUCCCCGCAAGCGCGCUGCCCGCCACCGCGGAAAGUUUCCCCAAGGAUGACCCCAAGAAGCCCGUCCACCUCACCGCCAUGAUCGGCUACAAGGCCGGCAUGACCCACAUUGUGCGUGACCUUGACCGCCCCGGUUCCAAGAUGCACAAGAAGGAGAUCGUCGAGGCCGUCACCGUCAUCGAGACUCCCCCCAUGGUCGCCGUCGGUGUUGUCGGCUACGUCGAGACCCCCCGUGGUCUGCGUUCGCUCACCACCGUCUGGGCCGAGCACCUCUCGGACGAGGUCAAGCGUCGCUUCUACAAGAACUGGUACCGCAGCAAGAAGAAGGCCUUCACCAAGUACGCCAAGAAGCACUCGGAGAACAACGGCUCGUCGAUCUCGCGCGAGCUCGAGCGCAUCAAGAAGUACUGCACCGUCGUCCGUGUCCUCGCCCACACCCAGGUGCGCAAGACCGGCCUCAAGCAGAAGAAGUCGCACCUCAUGGAGAUCCAGAUCAACGGUGGUUCCGUCGCCGACAAGGUCGACUUCGCCAAGGAGCACUUCGAGAAGACCUUCGACGUCAAGUCGGUCUUUGAGCAGAACGAGAUCAUCGACGUGAUCGCCGUCACCAAGGGUCACGGUUACGAGGGUGUUACCGCCCGUUGGGGUACCAAGAAGCUCCCGCGCAAGACCCACCGUGGUCUGCGUAAGAUCGCCUGUAUCGGCGCCUGGCACCCGGCCAACGUCAUGUUCACCGUGGCUCGCUCGGGUCAGGACGGAUACCACCACCGUACCGAGAUCGGCAAGAAGAUCUACCGCAUCUCGAACGGCGAGGACAAGACCUCGGGCUCGACCGACUUCGACACCACCGAGAAGACCAUCACUCCCCUCGGCGGCUUCCCCCACUACGGUCUGGUCAAGAACGACUUUGUCAUGAUCAAGGGCUCGUGCCCCGGUGUCAAGAAGCGUGUCCUUACCCUGCGCAAGUCGCUCCAGGUGCACACCUCGCGUCGUGCUCUUGAGAACGUCUCGCUCAAGUGGAUCUCGACCUCGUCGACCAUGGGUAAGGGUGUCUUCCAGACCCCCGCCGAGAAGGACGCCUUCCUCGGCCAGCGCAAGAUCAAGGCCCCCGUUGCCUAA